UCCCCCAAAUCUCGCAUAUUCUGCAUUGGGGCGGGUCACAAGUCUUUUUUCACCUCCAAAUUCCCGCGGAAAAAACCACCACCACCGCACGACGUCGUUUCCUAUUCAAAGUCCGCCGCCGGCGGAGCUCGUCAUGCCUGCUUCGUUGCUGAACGGGGAGAGAGCCGUCGUGGCGCUGUUUGUCGGCCGCGUCGUCUUCUCGCUACCGCUCUCUCUCCUCCCUCACGGCGUCGCUCUCUCCCUCCUCGCUAUCUCCGCUCUCGUUCUCGACGUCCUCGCCGACUCCUCCUCCUCCUCCUCCGCGUCUCUCCUCUCCCAUUUCCAGACCAGGCCCGGUGCUUCUUCUGGUAUAUUAUUGGGCGCCGUGACGUUGCCGACUGUUAUGAUCUCCAAGAUGAUACAGCUCUCUCGAGCUUUCGCACUCGAUCAAGUUCCAUGUCAAGAGCUUGAAUCUUUGUCGAUGCAAUACUGGGCCAUUUCUGCCAGCUCCUUGAGCGUACUUAUUUUCCUCUGCAUAACAAUAUGGUGUGCACCUGUGAACUGGCCUCCCCCUUAUUUACGCAGUGUUUGGCAUACAACUUUUAGCUUAAGUUGCAUAGUAUUGCACACAGCAGUUUGUUGUGCAACUCUUGGUUCAUCAUCUCUUACUAGCUCGGAGGCUGCACUGAAAUUGUUGUGGAUGCUCUGUCAUGGAUUGGCAGUUGUAAAGUUAAUUCAACAUGUUUUCAGAACUUUUCCAUCUUGUGCUUCCAUUGGGGAAGCAUGUCUAGUGGCUUCAGGUCUUGUUCUCUAUUUUGGUGACAUGUUGGCAUAUACUAUUUCAAAGGUCUCUGGCGUGUUGAUUAAAUCAGAUGUGGUACAAUAUGGAAAUAAUACAAGUGAGAUAAAUGUAAUCAUACAGGGUUUCUUGCUCGGUCUUCUUCUUUUUCCGAUGGUCUUUAAACUUCUUCUCUGGAUCUGGGAAUGCUCUUUCACUACGGCCCAAUCUAAAGUGAGGACAAACAAUGAGAUUUGGAGAUCAGUUAUAUUCUUUUCUUCUCUCGGGUUUAUCAUGAUUGUGAUCAGUCCAGCAUGGAUGCAGUUUGUUCAGGAUUUUCAUAUGCAUCCAUUCUCAUGGGUACUUUCAUUUAUAUUUUCAGAACCAUUCAAGAGAUUAUCAUUGUGUGCCUACUGGGUUUGCGUGAUAUGUGUGUCUGUUCUGAGGUUUUACAACAUUUCAAAGAACAGUAAGAUUGAGAGAAUUCUACUCCGGAAAUACUACCAUUUGAUGGCCGUCUCAAUGUUUGUGCCUGCUCUUAUCUUCCAGCCAAAAUUUCUUGAUCUAGCAUUUGGUGCAGCUUUGGCAGUCUUUUUGUCAUUAGAAAUUGUUCGAGUAUGGAGAAUAUGGCCAUUGGGAGAAUGUAUACAUAAAUUCAUGAGUGCUUUCACCGAUCAUCGUGACUCAGAUCUUCUGAUUGUCAGCCACUUUUCGCUCUUGUUGGGUUGUGCUGUUCCUAUAUGGCUGUCUUCUGGGAACAAUGAUCGACCACUAUCCCCUUUUUCUGGAAUUUUAAGUCUUGGCAUUGGAGAUACAAUGGCAUCAGUUGUUGGGCACAAGUACGGGGUACUCAGGUGGAGCAAAACUGGAAAGAAAACCAUUGAAGGGACUGCAGCCGGUAUAACAUCUGUCCUAGCUGCUUGCUCUGUUUUACUUCCACUUCUAGCAUCUACUGGAUAUAUUGUUACCGAGCAUUGGAUCUCUAUUCUUGUAGCUGUGACUGUGAGUGGUUUGUUGGAGGCUUACACAGCACAACUAGACAAUGCUUUCAUUCCACUCGUUUUCUACAGCCUUCUUUGUUUGUAAGUGCUUCUCCAACUCCUAGGAGGAAAAUAUCAGAAGACAAAUGCGCUGAAGACUUCACCAAGUCAUCUUUUCCAUUUAUGUGCUUCCUAUGAGCACUCAUUUUGUAGAUACAACUAAAUCUACGCAGGAUACAAGUAGCCUGUUGUACCCGUAAUCAGGUUGAAAUAGUUUUUGUUUUAGUCUUUAGGAAUACAUAUAAAGGGCCUCACUCAUUGUGCCUCCAUUUUUGCAUACAAGAACUACACUGUAAUGUUUAGUUUCGUCUUCCUUCAGAGAGAGGUUGGUUAGGGAGAGAAUCACACUGUAGACACGGCUUAUUAGCAGAUCCAUCUGUUGUUGUUAGAAGACAUCUUUGAACUGGACUUGUAUAUAUGAGAAACGGGCAUAAACUUUA